CGGUAAUAACUAAUAAUAAUGAAUAAUACCUUCAGUGCGCCGAAGGUUCAUAUCAAACAAAAUGAAUCCAUUUUUUAAAUUUAAAAAUAAAUACAAAUAAUUUAAUAAUUUUAAACUUAAAAGCAAGCAGUGCGCAGUUUAGCGUUAGUGUAUUUUAAAGAAGAAAAGUAAUCGAUAGUGGUGAACUCAUCGAUACAUCGAUACGCUUGCUGACUUACGUUUGUUUACCUUUCCUUACGUUUUUUAAAACAACAAAAAAAAACAAAUGGUAAGAUUCGCGAAUGUUGCUUCGGAUUAAUAUUAAUAGUUGUGCAAAUUGUCAGGGCAAAAAGCGAGCAUGGCCAUGGCCAAGACGGGCUCGGCAGAGACGGCCUGCUUCCCCUCUUCGCAAAACUGCAGCGGCGCGAGCCCACAAAGGUCCCCAACACGCGAGCUGGCGGUGUAAACCUACAAGUUCAUCAAGGAGCUGGGCCGCCUUAUGGAGCUGAAGACUAUUCUGGUUCUUGGUGGCGACUCCAGGGACUCCAGGCCGUUUUCUCCACUUGUGUGUGGAAAUGGACUUAGAGCUGAAUUUCGAAGUGUUCUUUGAAACGGGCUCCGGCGAGCAGCUUAACGAAACGCUGCACAGAUUGCCGACUUCCCGUCAGAUGGCCAUGUUUUUGGCCACUCUGCCAAAGCUUUUGGUGGAAUCUGCCCGCGCAGGCCUGAUCGACCCAGGCCUAACUCGCUUGGACGUCGAGUCCAUACUUUCGGACGGACACGCUCUAAAGUUUAUUUGCUGCCGACCGGACGACCGCUACACAGGUCUCGUGGUUCUUCAUAAGUACGUUAUUCCUGUGGAGACGCAGACCGUGGUGUUGUCAGCGAAAACGCUUACAAAAAAUACCUGAAAUGAUCUCAGUAAGAUCCCAGUUAGCAUCAACUGAUGCCAACGCGCGUGAUUUAUUAGUCGGCGGACGAGCACACAAAGGAUGGGCCUGCCAUUAACACCUUUGAGCGUCAGGCGAAGAAUGCCGACAUGAAACACAAGCCUGGGCAAAGUGCAGGACUAAGUCGGGCUAAGUCCGGUGCAUGGACUCCAGAAUGAAGGAGUAGUGAAAAUGCAGAUAGUGAUAAUGACAAUGUUAAGCCUCAGUCGCGAGUGGAAUUAAUUAAAAAGUGCAGCGAGGACCACGCCGAACGAAAAACGAUGGGCGCAUGCGUAGCGUGCUGAAGACUCAUCGUCAAAAAACUCAAGAGGUAUGACAUUUAUCUUAUUCCUAUGAUUAAGCUUUUUAUAUGAGUUUUGAAAGGCAUUUGGCCAGGCACAUUGCAAAGCUUUUUGCCAGACUUUUUCUAGGCUUAUUGCCUUUUAUUGAUUUUUGCCUGGCUUGUUGCUACUUUUGAAAAGGGCUUCAUCCUGAAAUAAAUACUCAUAUAUUAUAAAAACAGGAUAGGUAGCUGUAUGGAAACAGGCAGACAGACGUCACUAUAUCAACUCGGCUAGUGAUACUGAUUAAAAGUAAAUCAGGUACGUAAGUACCAUGUUCAUAUGAAUAAACAUGUGUACUUCCCAAAACUGGUUAUAAAUUAUACUCAUCAAAUGAAGACAUUAACAAUAUGGAUAAA